CUACACAUAGCUACUUUGACGCCAGUACGCGGCGCGCUUCGUCAAAGAGAGGACGUAUCGCGCGUCCCCUACAAUUAUUACGACGACCGAACGGGCAAACAGGAUGCUCUUCGUACAGAAUAGUGAUGAGAACAAACAAUAGUGACAUUUUUACUAAAAAGGAUUGUUCAAUUAGUGCCACCCACAACUUACUAAUUGAUGUGAAUUUCCUGACCUUGAAAAUCGACUAAAAUGGAUUAGUCUCAGUUUUUUGUGUUUAUAAUUCGAACAACAUUGAUCGUGAUAAGUGAAGUAAUUGAAAUAGAGAUGGGAUUCGUGUAAUCGAUUUAUUUAUUCGGUAAAUCGUGUGGGAAGUGUGAAUAGUUAACUAUGUUGGCGGUCAAGAAUUUUUUUAUGCCUGAAAAGAGAGUGGACUCUCCCAGGUUUUCAAGAAUGCCUGAGGCACUCAUGCGAUCCAUAAGGCGACGAUCUUUGAGAGUGAAGAGGACGAAAUCGUUGGUUCUAGUGAACGAAAAAAGGAAAUCCGAUUCAUUCGUGAAUAGUCAAGAAUGGACAGCGUCACGAGGUGUAACAGAACUUCGAGUUGGAGUUUUGGGUUCACCAGACAGUGGAAAAUCAGCUCUAGUCCAUCGGUAUUUGACUGGAGCGUACAUGCAAGAAGAAAGUCCUGAAGGUGGUCGCUUCAAGAAGGAAGUGAUAAUCGACGGCCAUAGCUAUCUUCUCCUUAUAAGGGAUGAAGGAGGCUCGCCUGAAAUGCAGUUUACGGCUUGGGUGGACGCUGUGAUCUUCGUGUUCAGCUUGGACAACGAGAUCAGCUAUAAUACGGUGUCAAACUACUUCAAUAAAAUGUCCCAUUAUAGGAAUUCUGCCGAGAUUCCGAUCAUAUUGGUCGGAACCCAAGAUGCCAUAAGUGAAAGUAGUCCACGCGUGGUAGACGACAAUCGUGCUCGCAAGUUGUCGAAUGAGCUGCGAAGAUGUUCUUACUACGAAACUUGUGCUACGUAUGGACUGAACGUGGAACGAGUCUUCCAAGACGCAUGUCAGAAGAUUGUGGGCACUAGAUUGUCCGCCUCGUCGCAAUGUUUGUCUGGAGGUUCCAGGCCUGUGACUCCACAGCCGUUAGUGAAUUCGCCAAGCCACAACCAUUCAACAUUCUUGUACAAGGACUCGCUGCCACGCGGCCAUCACACUCUGUCAGCAUCAUCCCACCACCUGCACAGGGGCGCUCAAUCCUUCGAUGCCUCAUCAAACAGCAGCGGAAUCUCUUCAACGCACGUCGUCGAAAUCCACAGCACGAAUGGCUCCGACACCUCCUCACGAUGGGGCAACUCCCUUGGCAGCCAUGGCUCCUCAUCAGGCCUCGUUUCCAUAGCAACUGAGAAUAACAACGUCAAAUUCACCGCCCCACACUGUCUUGAUAACCUUCAACCUCCUAAGGAUUCUAAGGACUUGCCUACUCCAUCAUCUACACCAACGACUUCAAGGAAGUCUCGAAGGAGAUCGAAUCUCUUUACUCCUUCUAAAAAAGGAGAUGAUAGGUUGAAGAAUGGGGAGCUUGGUUCUGGAAGAGCGAUUCCUCUAAAGCAAGGAUAUUUGUACAAGAAGAGCAGCAAGGCUCUGAAUAAGGAGUGGAAGAAGAAAUAUGUGACGCUGUGCGAUGACGGCAGGCUGACUUACCACCCUAGUUUACACGACUAUAUGGAAGAUGUGAAUGGCAAGGAGAUAUCUCUACAGUACGUGACAGUGAAGGUGCCUGGCCAGAAGCCGCGAGGCUCCAAGUCCAUCAUUACCACCGUGCCGGGGUACAACGGGUACAGCAGUCUCGAUAUACACGAUAGCAUUGGGGGACUGUCUAUCGGCUACAAAGACAAACCAACGCGGGCGACAGACAAAGCACUAAUGUCUGCGUUCGACACGAUGAAGGAACCAGCGACGAGCCGACAGUCGCUUGCCUCAGAAGUAGAGGUCGGCUCCACCAACGGACAGGACAAGGACACGCCGCAUGUCAAGAAGAGACAUCGCCGAAUGAAGAGCAGCGGCGUCAAGAAAGAUGGAGAUGAAGAGGGAGAAUACGCGACGUCAUGCGAGUUCACGAUAGUGAGCUUGGACGGCAAGCGCUGGCGGUGGGAGGUGACGGGCGCGGCCGCGGGCGCCGCCGCCGCCGCCGAGCGCGACGCCUGGGUCGCCGCCGUCGAGGCGCAGAUACUCGCCUCGCUGCAGGGACGGACAUCCCGGCAGCCAAUGCCGACAGGCGCGAACUCGACGGGCGACGUCCGCGCCACGUACUACAUCCGCCGCGUACACGGGAACGACAAGUGCUGCGACUGUGGCGCCGCAGAUCCAGACUGGGCAAGCUUGAACCUUGGCGUGCUGAUCUGCAUCGAAUGCUCGGGCAUACACAGGAACCUCGGCUCGCAUAUAUCGCGAGUACGAUCCCUCGACCUAGAUGAAUGGCCAUUGAGCCACGUCAGUGUAAUGGUGUCUCUGGGUAAUGAUCUCGCGAAUUCAAUAUGGGAGGCGGAUUUCAGAGGCCACGUGAAACCUAUGGCCACAUCUAGUCGAGAAGAGAAAGAAAGAUGGAUCAGGUUGAAGUACGAGCGGCGCGCGUUCCUGAGCUCGGAGGCGGUGGCGACGGGCGUGGAGGCGCUGCGCGGGGCGGGCGCGCGCGGCGCCGUGGGCGGGCUGGCGCGCGCGCUGGCCGUGCCGGGCCGCGCCGCGCCCGCGUCGCACGACCGCGCGCUCGCACUGCGCGCCGCCGCCGCCGCAGGGCAUCUCGCCGCCGCACAACUGCUCAUAUGGCACAACGGCAACCCCAACUACCCGGACGCAGACGGUCACACCUGCGUAUUCUACGCGCGGGCCGCGGCCAAUCACUUAUCAGGCAUCCCCACUCAGUACCCCAAGAACUUACAACUCACUUGUCCCCUACAUCCCAACCCACCUCAUACCUCCACUCCAAGCUCCGCCACGAACUCAACAAGCUCCAACUCGAGCACUAAGAGCUCUCUAAAGAACCCCGAACCAGAAUGCAAUUGCAUCAUCUUCGAGCUUCUAAACGCUCAAAGCGCGAGCAAAGCCCUCGUCGAACUCCUGAUUGGCUUACAAAACAACCAAUACAUGAACGGCUACGACCACAACGGUAGUGUUGCCAGCUUCGCGCACAAUACUCUAGGGCGGCCAUCUUUAGGCCCUAAUCUGUCGCUCACGAAUGGGAAAUGCGGCAGCGUAGUGUAAUGGUUUUUCUAUCUAAUUGUCGGUUUUGAAUAAAUGUUGAUAUUGUGACUGAACGUUGUUACCGUUAUGGUAUAUUUAUACUCAAUUCGAUGUGUGGUGCAGUUUUGUCAGAUAUUUUUUGGUUCGUCUGCCGAAUUAUUGUCAGCUGUUGAGCAUUGGUAAUUGAUAAAAUGUUUGUCGCUUUUAGUAACUGAUGUUAUUUGGAUCUUAAUAUUGCGACCCAGUGACUUAUUGUUAUUUAUGUCAGCAUUAUUUAAAACACUGACUAACUCCAAUAAAAGAUCUCACAAAACUGCAACUCUCAUAUUUUUUUGUAUAAUACAUGUAGUGUAUUAAUAUGUAAACAUGUAUACAUAUUACACACGACUGACGGUACAUUUGACGUAAUCUCCGGUUCACGCAUAGAUUAAAUAAUUAAAUAAACAAUUUUCUCGAAGUUAGUUAAAAAAUUACGUGUCUGUCAAUUUAAAAAAGUUAAUUAAAUUAGAAAAAUUGUACAGCGU